AUGUCGCGGCCAGAAGAUCCAUCGUGCCCGCCCGCUCCUCCCGUCCCACCGCUCCCUAGGCCUGAAGACUGGGAAGAGCCUGAAGGUUGGCCACUGCAGCGCGACGUAAACCAUCACAACGACUGGACCAGGAACACCUCGAUCAAGACCGCAAAGUGCGACGUCUGCAGUGAGCGCAUCACUAACUACAGCUGGGAAUGCGAGGAGUGCGGCAAGCGGAUUUGUUCGGAGUGCGCUGAGUAUGAAUACGGCAACAGCGAGCCGCAGUACCGCUUCAUUGCCAAAGACAACCUCGACAAUAAGUGUGGCUGCUUCUACCAAGAGAGAGGCGGCCAGGCGCCAUAUCUUCGCAGGCAUAUGCUGUCACUCGAUAUCAUCAAGCAGCCUCCUCAGCGCAUCGAAGAGGAUCUCAAGAACAGGCAAGAGAAGGCGAUUAUCAAAGAGAGGAAGAAGCGUAAAGCCGAAGCGAUCGCCAGAGGUGAGAAGCCUGAGCCAUAUACGCCGAAGAAGUCAAGGAAAGCCAAGUUAGCCACCAACGACGAGCUUUUCCCCGCUCGCAAGCUGGCAAAGCAGAAAGCGAAGCAGGUCCCGGAGGAGCUAGCUGACUACACUCAUCUUGAAGGCGGCACUACCGUCAUUGUCGGUGCAGGAAUCGUAGGGCUGUCGAUCGCUCGAGAGCUGGCAACCAAAGCCAGUGAGAACAAUAUCCAGCACAGAGUUGUCGUGGUUGAUAUCCGCAGCAGUUACUGCGAGCUUGCGUCUGGAAGCUGCGCCGGACUGCUGACGGUGGACGGUCUACCGGAGGAGCUUGACUCUCUAGUGGAGCUUGCCCAGCCUGCGUGGGAGGAAUUGUACAGCACGGCUGGCUUUCCUCAGGCAACAGACAUGGUAGGUGGAAAUGCUUUGUUGGUGAGCCAGGAAGGCGGCAAAGGCACGGACAAUGGUCCAUCGUGGUAUGUCCAAGACGAGUCGGAAGUAAUCGCAAAAGACAACUGGUCCAUGGGCACCAUGUUCAGCAAUACCGUCAAGCUCGGCCAGUGGCUGUUCAAUGAGUGCCAGCAGCUAGGCGUGAAGUUCCACUUUGAUCGGUACGUGUGCAGUACGACCCGGCUAUCGGACCGAGACGUCACCAGCGUCUAUAUCUGCGAGGCUGCUAACGACCAAAUGCGCACGAAUGUCAAAUGCCAAAAUCUCGUUCUCGCCAACGGCCCGUGGGCAUCGAAAGUCUUCAGCGGCGUUGCCAGUAAGAGCACAGUGAAGCUUAAGAAUAACACCACGACCGCUCAUUGGAUCCGACUAGGGAGUGGCAAGCUGCACGACGGCGAUAGGGUCGGUCUGCUGCUGCCAUCUCUUGCGGCCAAUAGCAGCGUGCUGCAUGAUAAGAUUACCAUGAUUUGCCACUCUCACGAUGCAGAAGCCACGGAGAUUAUCCUUGCAAGCGUCGACAAGCAAUCCCAUGAUCGCAUUCUCUUUCGUCAAGAAGCGCUCGACCAUAACUUGAAUGGCGGUAAAACCGACCUCGGCUUGCGUUAUCUGCAGCAGCUCGCGGCCAGCAAGAUUAGCACAGGUGGCAAAGAGCUCAGUCUGUCAGACAGCAUGACCGCAGGCUCUUCGCUGGUCUCGACCGCAAACAACCAGGUACCGAUCAUUGACAAGGUGCGAAAGAGCGGUCUUGGCAGAGUCGGAACUGUGGAGGAAGAUGACCAGCGGUGCGGCGUUUGGCUAUGCUACGGCUUCGGUAUGCACGGCACUACGCUUGCCCCCGCUGCUGCGAAAGUGCUCAGCCGCAGGAUCUUCGGUGAGCCUACCGAAAUCGAUGACAGUAAGUUCGCCAUACCCGAGUACGAGCUGCCGGUGGCGGAGAUGGCAUAG